AUGGCCAGCCGCCGAGCCACCGCUUACACCGAUGAGGAUUUCAUGAGAAUGGCCCUAGUAGAGUCGGAGGAAGGAAGAAUGACCACUCCCCCAAACCCAUGGGUCGGUUGUAUACUGGUCCAGCAUGGCCAGGUGGUGGUUGGUAAAGGGCAUCAUGUCAGGAAGGGAGGACCUCAUGCUGAGGUCAAUGCCUUGAGGGAUAUGAUUCAGAGUGGGUCCACGUUAACGGCUUACGUCACUCUGGAGCCCUGUUCACAUUAUGGGAGUACUCCCCCGUGCUGUGAGGCCUUGAUAGAGGUUGGUGUGGGUAGGGUGGUGGUCGGUGUGGAAGACCCUGACCCGAAGGUUUCGGGAAGAGGAAUUCAACGAAUGAGGGAGGCAGGGGUUGACGUUAAGACUGGUUGCUUAACAGGGGAGAUAAGAGAGUCUUUAAGGGCGUAUUUGAAGCAAAGGGCCAUGGGGCUUCCCUUAGUAGUGGGAAAGGCCGCAGCAUCGCUUAAUGGGAUGGUGUGCUGUGAGAACGGUAGUAGUCAGUGGAUAACGGGAAGGGAGGCCAGAGAGGAUAGUCAUCGUACUCUGCGGGCCCUAUCACAAGCCAUAGUGGUAGGGGUUGGUACGGUAUUAGCAGAUGAUUGCUCGCUAACUGUGAGGGGCGUGGAAGGAUUGGAAAAGCAGCCGUUGCGGGUGGUAUUGGAUCCUAGUGCGCGUAUCUUGCGCACAGCGAAGAUUCUGAACACGGAAGAGGCCCCGACGCUUGUAGUGGUUGGAAGAGGAGCAGAUAGAAGUGGUCUUGAGAAGGUGGAAAUACUAGAGGUCGAAUUGGAUCAGAAUGGUGAACUGGACUUGGGGGGUGUUUUGAGGCACCUAGCUGAUCGUGGGGUUUUCCAAGUAUUGGUAGAAGGCGGAGCGAAGACGCUUACUAAGUUCAUAGAGAAAAAGAUGGUGGAUGAAUUGGUGGGAGCGGCGGAUCUCCUUUCUACCUUUCACCAUCGCCACUAA